CAAUGUCACUGUCACAAGUCACAAUCACUUGACAUUCCGGGCGAGGUUAUAUUUUGGUGUAACAAUUUUAUUUAUUAUAUUAAAUAAUUAAAUGAGAACGAGAACAUAGAAACAUGGAAGCUAAAACCAAUGCAUCAACUGAAACUCCUUAUAGUGUCUUUAAGACUAUUUUAUUAUACAGCAUAUUCAUAUUAGCUUCACCUAUAACAACAUUUUUUGUUUCCAAGAUAAUAUUGUUUGAAGGUAUUUUAAGAGUUACAUCUAUGACAGCUAAUAUUUGGUCUGCAGUAUUCGCAGUCGUGAUGCUACAUGUAGCUGUAGGAUUGUAUAUUUUGCGAGCUUAUAAAGAAGCAGAUAAAGUUAAGGAACAAUAGUGUACUAUACGUUUUAUAUUUAGGUGUGUUGUUAAGUUUUACUAUAAGAUAUUUUUUGUGGUGUAUUAAGUACACAAAGUAUUAAAUUUGAUUUUAUGUUAAAUCAUCUUUUGUAAAUAGUUGAUGUACUUCUGAAAUGAAUUAACUACAUAAUUUGAAUAAAGCAUUUUUAUCUGA